AUGACAACAACUUCGUUAUACUACUUUGGACAAACAGAUGAUGCGUACUCCGUUACAAUCUUCGAGAGCAUGGAAGAAGAAUAUGGAUUGUUCGUAUGGCCGUGUAGUAUUGUCACGCUACAUAUUGUUCUGGCUGAGUAUGUUUGGCAGCAACGAUCUCGCUUUUCUGGAGCUAACGUGGUUGAGCUUGGAGCAGGAACUUCCUUGCCUGGGUUAGUGGCUGCAAAAGUGGGUUCAAUUGUUACAUUAACUGAUGCAUCCGACAAACUAGAGGUAUUGGAAAACAUGAUGAAGGUAUCUUAUAUAAACAAGCUGAAUUGCAAGGUAAUGGGAUUGACAUGGGGAAGUUGGGAUGAGGAAAUAUUCAGUUUAAAACCAAAGAUUAUCCUUAGAGCUGAUGUGUUGUAUGAUAAUAACUUGAGCAGGAAACUGGUUCACAUAUUAUCAGGAUUGCUUUUCAUGUUUUCCUGGUUAAUAUUCAGGAAUCUCUCAACAUCUAUUAUCAUGGAAAGAAUACCAAGCAGAUGGACUCACAAGAAACAACACAUAGUUAAUGAUUUUAGAUCAGUUGCAGGCGGCGAUGAUGAUCUGGACAGAGAAGAUGAAGAAGACGACGAUGGUUCUAGUCGAUGA